AUGGGUAUAGUCCGCCGGGUUCCUGUGGACUUAUCUAUGAACGAUUUUGUGGAGUCUGUCAGUCUUCCCACUGGUUGUGGUAAGAUUUUAAAGGCUCGCAGAUUCAACAGAAAGGUCAUUGAGGAAGGUAAAGUUACUUGGUUACCUACUCAAACAAUUGUAAUAACUUUCCAUGGUCAAGUGCUUCCUGAAAAAAUAUCCCUCUUCCAUAAUUCCCUCCCUGUUGAAACCUACCUUUUCCCUACAAUCCAAUGCCUUAACUGCUGCCGAUUUGGUCACAUCAAAACUGUAUGCAGAUCUAACCCAAGAUGUUACAAAUGUACUCAAGCUCAUGCUGGUAGCUCAUGUGAUACAACUGAAAAGGAUGCUAUCUGUAUUAACUGUUCAGGACAACACUUUGCCACAAACAAGGAAUGCCCUGAACUGGGCAGACAAAAAACAAUUAAAAUUAUUAUGUCCCAAGAGAACAUUUCCUAUGAGGAGGCCUCAAAUCGUUGCCCAAAGGUGAUGAGGCCAUACUCAGAAAUUCUCCGUAACCCCUCUGUAUCCCAUAACUACUCCUCAGCACACAUGAGCCAGACACCCACUCCUUCUCCCACAGUCAGCUAUAAGAAAACUGUAUUUUCUUCUCCACGUUCCAAACCCUUAUUGAGUAAACCUUAUGAUCGAGCUGCUCACCAAGCUAUCAUUGCUGAUGUACCUUCAGCCUUCCCAAAUGGCUCUGCCCUAAACCACCAAGUUUCUUCUUCUUCAUCAACACAGGAUGAUAACCUCUUGGAGGCCCUCCUGUCAAUCUUACUCUCUUUGAUUACUAAGAACAAUCUUAGCCUACCGUCCAACGUUGCCCAUCAACUAUCACAAAUCUUAUCUAUUGGUAAAAUUCAUGGCCCCAGUGUCCAUUCUUCAAUGGAACACCAGAAGCCUACGUCCUAA